AUGAAUGCAGGAGAGCCAAUGGGCGCUGCACUGGCAAAGGAUGCAGGAGGCAAGAGCGUGAGCUUCCCGGUGGAUGUGGUCGCAGCCAUUGCAAAUGUUGCAUACGUGAUGAAAGUAAAAUGCACGGCGAAUCAGAGAUGCACAAGGAGGAAUGGAUCCUGCUCAAGGAGGUCCUGUGGGAGCGGAGAGAUGGAGAUUUACGGAGGCUGCGACGGUGCAAGAUGCCACUGCUGCGCUCCUGAAGACAAGAAAGAAUGCAAACCCAAGAAGCAAUGUAAGUGGAAAGGCAGAUACUGCACGACGGGAAAAUGCAAAAACAACGAAAGGGUAAUAAAACGCGCUUGUCAAGGGAAGAAAUGCCGCUGCUGCGCCCCUGGUCGAGUUUGCAAGAGGAAGACUAAAUGCAAGGAGAACAAGGGUUCCUGCAGACAGGGCCGUUGCAAGAGCUACGAGAAGGAAAUAUACGAGGGUUGCAAGGGCCUUCGCUGCCGGUGCUGCGCUCUCGACGGUAACAACAACAGUGCCUGUGACAACAACAGCGCCUGUGACAACAACAACGCCAGUGACAACAACAGCGCCUGUGACAACAACACCAGCGGGAACAACAUAAAUCCCACCUCUGCACGACAAGGCGGAACCGGACGAAGAUUUGCAGAACCAGCGACAGAGGCUCAUGUUCCCGUCAAUUCUAAAACACUGUCAUGUUCCCUUCUUUGCGAAUUCUUAAUGUGA